GCAGUGUGUGUUGGGUAAGAGGAGCAUGAUGGCUGCAGACAGCAGCGAGCUGCUGCUGCUGGCUCUGGUGGAGGAAUAUGUCUCCGGACUACAGGACAGCAAGGCCACAGACACAGCGACAGGUGUCAAAGAUGGAAAGUUUACAGUCCUGCAGCUGGUGGAAGCUCUGGGAGUGAGUCUGACCAGCUCUCAGCCUCACACUCGAGCCAGAGGAGUCCAGCUGCUCUCUGAGGUUUUAAAGGAGAGUUUUGGACUUCUGACGGAGAGAGAAGUGGAAGUUCUCAUUGCCUUCUAUGAGAACCGUCUGAAGGACCAUUACGUGGUGACUCCUCCGGUCCUGCAGGGCCUCAGAGCGCUGACUAAAUGUUCCGUGCUGCCUCCCGGCUCGGCCGUCUCCAUGCUGAGGUCUCUGUUCCAGGAUGUUCACGUCCAGUCUCUGAUGCUGACGGAGAGAUCUUGUGUCUACAACAUGCUCAUCAACCUGAUGUCCUCCAGAGAAGACGAGCUGAAGGGUCUGGGGCCAGACUUUGUGUUUGGCUUCGUCCAGUCGAUGGACGGGGAGAGAGACCCUCGAAACCUGCUGCUGUCCUUCCAGAUCGCCAGGAGCAUCGUCCUGAGAGGUUACGACCUCGGUAAAUUCAGCGAGGAGCUGUUUGAAGUGACGUCCUGUUAUUUCCCCAUCGACUUCAGCCCCCCUCCCAACGACCCCCAUGGUAUCACCAGAGAGGAGCUGAUCCAGAUGCUGAGAGACGUCCUCACUGGGACGCCGAGCUUCGCUGAGUUCCUGUUGCCUCUCAUCAUUGAGAAACUGGACUCAGAUGUUCUGAGUGCUAAGCUGGACUCUCUGCAGACUCUGACGGCUGCUGUGUCUCAGUAUGAACACAAAGACCUGGCAGAGUUCCUGGAGGGUCUGUGGGCGUCCAUACGCAGAGAGGUGUUCCAGACGUCGAGUGAGAAGAUCGAGUCUGCCGGCCUCGCCGCGCUCACCGCCAUCACUUCCUGUCUGUCUCGCUCAGUCCUCCACUCUGACUCUGACGACUCCCUCAGCACCUUCCUGCAGCUCGUCCUCAAAGACUGUAAACAUCACCUGUGUGAGCCGGACCUGAAGCUGGUGUGGCCCAGCGCCAAGCUGCUGCAGGCGGCCUGCAGCGCCUCCAACAGGGCCAGCCACGUCAUUACAGCUGCUGUCCUGCCCUCAGUGGUGGAGCAGUACAACAACAGGGCUCAGUGUUCCCACAGGAGAACGUUACUGGAGGUGGUGCAGAGAUUCCUCCAGUCAGUGAAAACCAGCCAGUCUGCAGAGAACGUAGAAGAGAGUGUGUUUGUGGCGUUCAGGGCCUCUCUGUGCAGCAUGGUGUUCUCAGCUCUGGCAGAAACCAACGCCAGCCUACAGGUCACAGCUACCUGUGUGUUAACGUCACUGGCUCAACAGACAGGUGUGCUGCAGCAGUGUGAGGUGGAGCUGGCUGUAGAUCACCUGACCAACCUGCUGCUGACGGAGGACGACCAGGAAGUCAGUGUUGCGGUGGUGAAGUGUGCAGGAUCUCUAGCAGCGCUGCAUCCAGCAGCUUUCAUCACUAAACUCCUCCCCAGACUGAAGACGGAGAUGUUUGCUGAGCCCACGGUUCCAGACAACGACUCAGCGCUUUUUGAGCAGCGUUCCCAUCAUGCAGUGCGUCAGCGCUGUCUGUCUGCUCUGGCGGCUGUUUCCACUCAGCCCAGCGUGCUGCAGGAGAGCACACCUGUCCUGCUGGAGGUCCUCAGCUCCGCCCACACAGGGCGUGCUGGUUUCUCGGUGGAGGAGGUGGUGCUGGCGUGUCGUAGUCUCCAGAGGAUAGCGGAGCAGGUUGAGGACGGCGAGGAGGCGGGGCGCUGCUUCCAUGACAUCAUCAUCCCGCGCCUGCUGUCUCUGGCGCUCCAGGCAGCGCUGCAGGGUGAGGCCUCCUCUGGUCCUCGUAGUCCUCUCCUGGAGGAGGAGGUCCUGUCCUCCAUGGUGCCCGUCAUCACCACUUCCUGCUCCAGGCUGCAGCCCACGUUGGCGGGACAGACGGCGUCCAGGGUCGUGUCUCUCUUCCUGGACGGUGAUGUUUCCUUUCUGCCCGACAACUCGUUCCCUUCGCAGGUCAAACUGCUCCAGCAGCAGGACUCGUGGAGCUGCUCCCAGCUGGUGUGUCUGCUGAUGGGCUGUGUGUGUUCGCUGCCUCGCUCUGUGGAGGUUCCUCAGAUAGACCAGCUGCUGUCUCAGCUGGAGGAGAUGAGCUGCAGCUGCUCACACCUGCUGGCAUCCACCUCCGCUGCUAAAUGCUACGCUGGCCUGGUCAACAAGACGCCUCAGGGUGAUUGUCUAGACAGUCUGAUCCAGAGAACCAUGAAGAGAGUCUGUGAGCAGUUAGACUCUCCCUCUUCAUCUGGACGCACUCAGGCCUUCACACUCCUCCUCUGGGUAGCGAAGGCUCUGCUGCUGCGGUAUCAUCCUCUGUCCAGCAGCCUCACCAACAAGCUCUUCUCCCUGCUGGACUCUCCUGAGCUCGGUCCUCUGGCAGCAGACGGCUUCUCGCUGCUGAUGAGCGACUCCGCCGACAUCUUGAACCGCCGUUGCCAUGCCGACGUUCGCAUCAUGUACCGCCAGCGCUUCUUCAGCGAGAAUUCUGCCAAGUUGGUGCAGGGAUUCAACACGGCAACACAAGAGAAGAAGCCCAACUACCUGAAGGCUCUGUCUCUCAUCGUCAACAAGCUGCCCAAACAGGUCCAAGUCACCGAGCUCCCACCGCUGCUGUCUCUGCUGCUGGAGGCCUUGUCCUACCCUGAUGAGGGCGUCCAGCUGUCCACUCUGUCCUGCCUGCAGCCCGUCCUCAUGGACCCUCCUCCAGCUCUCAUCAGGCAGCUGGAGGCUCUGAUCAGCAGGCUGACGGGCCUCACCUCCAGCACCAACAUGAACGUUCGGAUGGCCUCUCUGCGGUGUAUUCAUGCUGUCUGCCGUUUCCCAGAACACGAGGUUUUGCCGUUUCGGGCCCGAGUGCUGCGAGCGCUGGCCCGCCCUCUGGACGACAAGAAGAGGCUGGUGAGACGAGAGGCGGUCCAGGCCCGAGGAGACUGGUUCUUGUUAGGAAGCGCUGGGGGAAGUUGAUUCUGCUCCCCAAAUAUAAUCCAAGUCCCCCGUCCCCCAAGUCUAACCAAGUCCUCCCAUCCCCCCUGAACCUGGAAGAACAGAUGUGGGACCUCCAGGACCAGGUACCUCCAGGACCAGGUACCUGAGGACCAAAUCCACACCACCACAGCCCUCUCCACUGGUCCUGGAUCUUCCAGUUCCCUCUUUCUGACCAGAAUCCCUCCAUCCUCCAUCUUCUCUCCCUUUUUACUGAAACCUUUUUGUUAUAACUGUCUGUAUUCUCAUGAACGCACAAAGAAGAAGAAGAAGAAGAAGAUAAUGUGGACGGACUUAUGGAGCUUUGUCUAAGUUAAAAGAAUGAAGAUGAGCAGUUUGUUUAAAAUGUUUCAAAUCUUAA